UUAGCUGACACUUUAGAGUGAGUCAUGUGCGGUGGCAGUCUCUAUCCGAGUCGCGCAUCUGUUUCCUCGGCCGGUCCAGUGGACCCAGACAGCACGGUGGAAACCCAAAACAAAGGUGGUGGGCUGCCGGCACCAGCGCCCCCUGCUCAGUCUUCCGACCACGGCUCUGUAGUGGUCCCGGAGCGCAAGGAUAUGCCGGAAUUUGUGGUGACCGCGCUGCUCGCGCCCUCACGCCUGUCGCUGAAGCUGCUACGAGCGCUGGUGAUGAUCCUGGUGUACUUGGCUGCCUUGGUAGCCGCGUUUGUCUACAGCUGCGUCGCGCUCACCAAUGUGUUGUGCCACCCUCGCCGGGGCUGCUGCGGCCGCCAGAGGUCUGCCCCAGAGUGCCUGAGAGACCCCACGCUGGGCGAGCAUUGUUUUCUAACCCUCAGGAGUUCCGGCCUGCGUCUGCACUACGUCUCUGCUGGUCGCGGCAAUGGGCCCCUCAUGCUAUUUCUGCAUGGCUUCCCAGAGAACUGGUUCAGCUGGCGCUACCAGCUGCGGGAGUUUCAGAGCCAUUUCCACGUAGUAGCUGUAGACUUGCGUGGUUAUAGCCCCUCUGAUGCUCCAAAGGAUGUAGAUUGUUACACCGUUGACUUGCUGUUGACUGACAUCAAGGAUAUCAUCCUAGGCCUGGGGUACUCCAAGUGCAUCCUCGUGAGCCACGACUGGGGGGCCGCCCUUGCCUGGGAUUUCUCAGUCUACUUCCCGUCCCUAGUGGAUCGGAUGAUUGUGGUCAGUGGACCUCCCAUGUCAGUAUUCCAAGAAUACUCAACCCGCCACAUUGGCCAGUUAUUCCGAUCGAACUACAUAUUCCUGUUUCAGCUCCCCUGGCUGCCAGAGAAACUGCUGUCUCUGUCCGACUUCCAGAUUCUGAAAUCCAUAUUCACUCACCACAAGAAAGGCAUCCCACGCCUGAGUCCUUGUGAACUUGAAGCGUUCCUUUAUCCCUUCUCCCAUCCCGGAGGCCUCUCUGGGCCCAUCAACUACUACCGAAAUGUGUUCAGGAACUUCCCCCUGGAGCCCAAGGAACUGUCAAAACCCACACUGCUGCUGUGGGGGGAAAAAGACUUCUCCCUGCAGCAGGGGCUGGUGGAAGCCAUCGAAAGCCAUUUCGUGCCAGGCCGGCUGGAAAGCCACAUUUUGCCAGGCAGUGGGCACUGGAUUCCACAGAGCCAUCCUGAGGAGAUGCAUCAGUACAUGUGGGCCUUCUUGCAAGACCUGCUGGGCUAGAAAUUCCUGUUCACCGGCCUAACAGGUAUAUGAUAUGUUGGAACACAUAUCCCCGUCCAUGUAUACCUGGGAGUCCAUGCAGUGUGUGCAUACAGGGUGGCCUCCCAGAUCACCUGAAGCAGAUAACUCUGAACUGCACACAAAAACAUCUGUGGGUAUCUUGCCUCACACAUAGCAUGGAUGUCUGCCCUGUUCGAGCAGCCACUUUGAUGCUGGUAGCCACGGGUGCCUCUCCUCGGUGGAGCUAGAUGCUGGGACUGUCUUCCUCCUUCUCGAAGCCUGCCUGUCCCAACGGCUACACAGAACAUCAAUCCUAACCUUUCUGUCUUGUUUUC